AUGUUGCAAAAGAACAGGGUCCUCGCCGCUGGCCACGUUACACUGGUGCAUGAGUCUCUGUUCGUGGGGCUCGAACUCGCCCGUGACAGAGUGGAUCACGCCCCUGUUGUGGAAGAUGCAGAGGUCGCCGGUGUUCCAGCCGUGGCAGUAGAUGUGCUGUGGCGAGAUGGCCGGUCUCAUGAGCUUGUGGACAAUCUUUCUGGCGUCCUCGAGCUCGGCAACAACCUCGCCGGUUUUCGUGUUGAUCAGCUGGUACACGCAGCAGCCGUGCACUUGCAAGUGAGGUUUCUUGGUGACAGGAUUGGUCCAAACCAAUGGAAGCUUCUUGACCUUGGACUCCUCCCAUUGAGGAAGAUUGUCCAAUGGGACCUCCUUAGGAGGCUCCUCUGA